AUGUGCUCUUCAGUUGUGUUGAAUGGUUUUAAGGCAUCUAGAACUUCCAGCUAUAAGCUUACAUUAAAAAUAGAUGUUCCAGUCAUAUUACUUUGUAAUAUCGACCAAACCAAAGGACUAUGCAAUGGGUUUCAACGCAGCCUCCACCCUCCAUUGCAGCUUGCAUCUGCUUUGAUUACACUCAAUCAAAUGGCUCGGAUCAAAGUUCAUGAGUUGAGGGGCAAAACCAAGGCUGACUUGUUUGCUCAAUUGAAGGAUCUCAAAGCCGAACUUGCUCUUCUCCGUGUCGCUAAGGUCACCGGUGGUGCGCCCAACAAGCUCUCCAAGAUAAAAGUUGUGAGGACAUCGAUUGCACAGGUGCUUACUGUUAUCUCACAGACCCAAAAAGCCAUGCUUAGGGAAGCUUACAAGAACAAGAAGUAUCUUCCUCUUGACCUUCGUCCCAAGAAAACCAGAGCUAUUCGCAGGCGUCUCACCAAACAUCAGGUAUCUUUGAAGACAGAGAGGGAGAAGAAGAAAGAGAAGUACUUUCCAUUGAGGAAGUAUGCGAUCAAGGCAUAGAUAGUGAAACCCUUUUUUUUCUUCAGUUUUGAAUUUGGAUUUGUGUACGUUUUUUUUUUAAUUAUUAUCAGAGUUUUGAUAUUAUUUGAAGGUUGUUAGCGUUCAAUUAAAUAUUGGAUUUUGCUUUGAAGUUGAGGCAGAGUUGUCUUGUUGAUUUGAUAUUUGCAUUGGUCUAUAAAUCGUUGCUGCUAUAUCCAUAUAUAUCAACCUGAAUGAUUCAUUUAACU